AUGGCGCUUCCACCUCCCAGUUACUGUUUUGUUGCAUUUCCACCACAUACUAAAGAUGGCUUUGUAAUAGUUGGAAAGAAUUCUGCAAGGCCUCCGGAGGAGGUACAGGAGGUAGUUUACUUUGCUGCAGCUACUCAUGAUCCAGGAUGCAAAGUUGAGUGCACAUAUAUUGAGAUCGACCAGGCAUCCAAGACACAUGCUAUAGCACUGAGCAGACCUUCCUGGCUAUGGGGAGCAGAAAUGGGGGCCAAUGAGCAUGGAGUCUUCGUUGCAAAUGAAGCCAUUGUCACCAAAGAGCCCGCCUCUGAAACAGAAGCUCUUCUAGGAAUGGAUCUUGUCAGGCUUGGUCUAGAAAGGGGUGCAACAGCUAAAGAAGCCUUGGAUGUAAUUGUCUCUCUGUUAGAAGAGCAUGGCCAAGGUGGAAAUUAUUAUGAAGAUGGGAAUGCGUGCCAUUCUUUCCAGAGUGCUUAUCUGAUAGUAGACAGAAAAGAAGCAUGGGUACUGGAGACUGUCGGAAAAUACUGGGCUGCAGAAAAAAUUACAGAGGGAGUGAAGUGUAUUUGCAACCAGCUUUGCUUAAUGACAAAAAUUGAUGCUGAGCAUCCUGAGCUUAGAGGUUACGCAGAAAGUCAAGGAUGGUGGACCACAGAUGCAGAGUUCAACUUUGCUCAAGUAUUUUCUCAAGCUGAGAAUCAUCCAGAUGGUUGUUUAGGGAAUGAAAUCCUAGAAAAGCAAGAAGGGAACAUCACUGUGCAAACCAUGAUUGACAUCCUGCGUGAUAAGGCUGGUGGUAUAUGUGUGGAUUCAGAGUCAUUUCUUACGACAGCGAGCAUGGUGUCUGUAUUACCUGAAAACCUUAGUUCCCCAUGCAUCCAUUAUUUCACAGGCACCCCGGAUCCAUCAAGGUCCAUAUUUAAACCUUUUAUCUUUGUUGAUGAAGUGAAAUUAGUACCAAAAGUUCAGUCACCCAUUUUUGGUAGUGAUGAUCCUGUGAAAAAAAUUCCCCAAUUCCAGGACAAACCGGACCGUAGGCAUGAGCUCUACAAGGCACAUGAGUGGGCCCGGCAUGUCAUGGAGAGCGAUGCGGAAAAAGGUGAGAAACUGAGAAGAACCAUGUUAGACCUUGAAAAACAAGGCUUGGAAGCCAUGGAGAGCAUCAUUAGCAGCUCAAAAGUUCUCGAUCCUUCUGAAGUGGAGGACCUUUUCUAUGACUGUGUUGAUACAGAAAUUAAGUUCUUUAAGUGAAUGACCAUAGAUACUGUUAGCCUGGGCAUAAGAAGACCAUAAAGAUCUUCAGGUCUUGAAAAAUUAUCCUGCCAUAUUGCUGAAUUUUGGAGGACAUUGCCAUCUCUCUAAAGAUAAUCCUCUGUAGUC